AUUACAGUUAUGAAGUAGCAACGAAAAUAACGUUAUGGUUGGGGGUCACCACAACAUGAGGAACUGUAUUAAAGGGUCCCGGCAUUAGGAAGGUAGAGUCUAAACAAAGGGCGCGGUGCAACCUCGGAAGGGACUGCUUCCCCCAGUCACUGCCCCCGAGAGAGGCCAGGCGCCAAGAUGAGCCCGGACGAACUCCGGACUUCGAAGCUGUCUCGGGACCGGCCAGGGGUCGGGGAGGUGGUCUACAGACCCGGCGGUGACGCCUCGCUCCUGCCGGAGCCCGUCGGUUCCACGCGGGCCCUACCACACGCUCGCCAACCGCGGCGCGAGGCCCCACUCUCCCCGCCAGCUGGGAGGAAGGAAAGCCCGGGCGCCGGACUCAGCAGUGGGCCAGCGAGGGCGGAGGAAACGCCGCCGGGCCGGAAGCACCCACAACUGCUUCCGGGUCAGGAGGCAGGGGCCCCCAUGGAACCUCGCUGGGUGGCGGGGCUGCCGGAGCCGCGGGCUGGCUUUUGAAGCGACCGAAGCGCCGCGCGGCCAGCGCCCCGGGUGACACGCAGGCCGGUCCCGCGGCCGCCGCCAUGUCGGUGCUGGGCGAGUACGAGCGACACUGCGAUUCCAUCAACUCGGACUUUGGGAGCGAGUCCGGGGGUGGCGGCGACUCGGGCCCGGGGCCCAGCGCCGGUCCGGGGCCGCGAGCGGGCGGCGCGGCGGAGCAGGAGGAGCUGCACUACUUCCCCAUCCGCGUCCUGGGCCGCGGCGCCUUCGGGGAGGCCACGCUGUACCGCCGCACCGAGGAUGAUUCAUUGGUUGUGUGGAAGGAAGUUGAUUUGACCCGACUGUCGGAGAAGGAACGACGGGAUGCCUUGAAUGAGAUUGUUAUCCUGGCACUGCUGCAGCAUGACAACAUCAUUGCCUACUACAAUCACUUCAUGGACAAUACCACCCUGCUGAUUGAGCUGGAAUAUUGUAACGGAGGAAACCUGUAUGACAAAAUCCUUCGUCAGAAGGACAAGUUGUUUGAGGAAGAGAUGGUGGUGUGGUACCUGUUUCAGAUUGUUUCAGCAGUGAGCUGUAUCCAUAAAGCUGGAAUCCUUCAUAGAGAUAUAAAGACAUUAAAUAUUUUUCUGACCAAGGCAAACCUGAUAAAACUUGGAGAUUAUGGCCUAGCAAAGAAACUUAAUUCUGAAUAUUCCAUGGCUGAGACGCUUGUCGGAACUCCAUAUUACAUGUCUCCAGAGCUCUGCCAAGGAGUAAAAUACAAUUUCAAGUCUGAUAUCUGGGCAGUAGGCUGCGUCAUCUUUGAACUGCUUACGCUAAAGAGAACAUUUGAUGCUACAAAUCCACUCAACUUGUGUGUGAAGAUUGUACAAGGAAUCCGGGCCAUGGAAGUUGAUUCUAGUCAGUACUCUUUGGAACUGAUCCAAAUGGUCCAUGCAUGCCUUGACCAGGAUCCUGAACAGAGACCCACUGCAGAUGAACUGCUAGAUCGCCCCCUUCUCAGGAAACGUAGGAGAGAGAUGGAAGAAAAAGUCACACUGCUUAAUGCACCUACAAAGAGACCAAGGUCAAGCACUGUGAGUGAAGCACCCAUUGCUGUGGUAACAUCACGAACCAGUGAAGUCUAUGUUUGGGGUGGUGGAAAAUCCACUCCCCAAAAACUGGAUGUCAUCAAGAGUGGCUGUAGUGCUCGGCAGGUGUGUGCAGGGAACACCCACUUUGCUGUGGUCACAGUGGAGAAGGAACUGUACACCUGGGUGAACAUGCAAGGGGGCACUAAACUCCAUGGUCAGCUUGGCCAUGGAGACAAAGCCUCCUACCGACAGCCCAAGCAUGUGGAAAAGUUGCAAGGCAAAGCUAUUCAUCAGGUGUCAUGUGGUGAUGAUUUCACUGUCUGUGUGACAGAUGAGGGUCAGCUCUAUGCCUUUGGAUCUGAUUAUUAUGGUUGCAUGGGGGUGGACAAGGUUGCUGGCCCCGAAGUACUAGAGCCCAUGCAGCUGGACUUCUUCCUGAACAAUCCAGUGGAGCAGGUCUCCUGUGGAGAUAAUCAUGUGGUGGUUUUGACACGAAACAAAGAAGUCUAUUCUUGGGGCUGUGGUGAAUAUGGACGACUGGGUUUGGAUUCAGAAGAGGAUUAUUAUACACCACAAAAGGUGGAUGUUCCGAAGGCCUUGAUUAUUGUUGCUGUUCAGUGUGGCUGUGAUGGGACAUUUCUGCUGACCCAGUCAGGCAAAGUGCUGGCUUGUGGACUCAAUGAAUUCAACAAACUGGGUCUGAAUCAGUGUAUGUCUGGUAUCAUCAACCAUGAAGCAUACCAUGAAGUUCCCUACACAACCUCCUUUACAUUGGCCAAACAGUUGUCCUUUUAUAAGAUCCGAACAAUUGCCCCAGGCAAGACUCACACAGCUGCUAUUGAUGAGCGAGGCCGGCUGCUGACCUUUGGCUGCAACAAAUGUGGACAGCUGGGUGUUGGGAAUUAUAAAAAGCGUCUAGGAAUCAACCUGUUGGGGGGACCUCUCGGUGGGAAGCAAGUGAUCAGGGUCUCCUGCGGUGAUGAGUUUACCAUUGCUGCCACUGACGAUAAUCACAUUUUUGCCUGGGGCAAUGGUGGUAAUGGUCGCCUGGCAAUGACCCCUACAGAGAGACCUCAUGGCUCUGAUAUCUGUACCUCCUGGCCUCGGCCUAUUUUUGGAUCUCUGCAUCAUGUCCCAGAUCUGUCUUGCCGUGGCUGGCACACCAUUCUCAUUGUUGAGAAAGUAUUGAAUUCUAAGACCAUCCGUUCCAAUAGCAGUGGCUUAUCCAUUGGAACUGUGGUUCAGAGCUCUAGCCCGGGAGGAGGAGGCGGCGGCGGUGGGGGAGAAGAGGAGGACAGUCAGCAGGAAUCUGAAACUCCCGAUCCAAGUGGAGGCUUCCGAGGAACAAUGGAAGCAGACCGAGGAAUGGAAGGUUUAGUCAGUCCCACGGAGGCCAUGGGGAUCAGUAGUGGGGCCAGCAGCUCCUGUCCUGGCUGGCUUCGAAAGGAGCUGGAAAAUGCAGAAUUCAUCCCCAUGCCUGACAGCCCGUCUCCCCUAAGUGCAGUUUUUCCAGAAUCUGAGAAAGAUACCCUGCCCUAUGAAGAGCUGCAAGGACUCAAAGUGGCCUCUGAGGCGCCUUCAGAACACAAGCCCCCAGUAGGUGCCUGGCCACCUCGGCUGAAUCCUGCAGGAACAUGUGCUGGGAAGGGAACACCAUUGAUUCCUCCUCCCUGUGCCUGCAGCACUCUGCAGGUAGAGGUUGAGAGAUUGCAGGGUCUGGUGUUAAAGUGUCUGGCUGAACAACAGAAGCUCCAGCAAGAAAACCUCCAGAUUUUUACCCAACUACAGAAGCUGAACAAGAAGUUGGAAGGAGGGCAACAGAUGGGAAUGCAUUCCAAAGGAACUCAGACGGCAAAGGAAGAGAUGGAAAUGGAUCCAAAGCCUGACUUAGAUUCAGAUUCCUGGUGCCUCCUGGGAACAGAUUCCUGUCGACCACCCAGCCUCUAGUCUCCUGAGCCUGUAUAGCCUCCAGGAAACUGGGAUCCAGAGAACUUCACAGCACACUUACUGAAUGCAGAGCGCGCUUUCCUGGCUUUGUUCACUUGCAGACAAGGAGCGAAGGCGGAGGCUCUGAAGCACUUUCCACAUACACUUGGAGAGUGGCAUUGCCUAUUAGAUAGGAUCUAGGAGUGGUUUUGUUUUGGAGAAUGGAAGGGCCCCGUGGCCCUGGCUUGGUCCUCAGUGACUGCCAUAGCAACAGCAGCUCUGUACCUCAUCUGGUGAUCCCACCUUUGAAGAGGAGACACAAUGCUCACCUUAAUUUUGCUGGUAGCAGCUUAUAUCCCAUUUAUCAUUUUCACCGUUCAUUGGAAGCUGCCUUGGAAAUUCAACACCAGGCAUUGCACCUCUGGGUGGAGGAGGGAAAAGUGUGAAGUUGGAGUGGGCUGGAACCAGGUGGGGCCCCCCAGGGUCAUCUGUAGAGAGUUGAAGUGCUCUGAGCCCUCUCAGGAGUCCUGAGUCCAGGAAAGACUGGUGGAGUCAGUCUCUUGGGCCAGUUUUCAGAAAGUUCAGUUACAUCGUGCAGCUCAAUGCUUUAGGAGGAAAAAUGGGCUUCAGUUGCUUUUCCUCUGAGGUUGAUUGAAAUUUCUUCGGUGAGGAGUAGAAAAAGAAGGGCAGGUCCCUCCUCAUCACACAGCUGGAGUGUCCAGCUGUGGCCAGUGCAGGGUGGGCUUUCCUAGCUUUGGAAGAUGCCUCUGAGAGAUGAGGUGGCUUGUAGAGAAUUGAGCCAGUCAGGCAGUAGGAGUGGCCUUAAGGGAAAACCAUGAGGGAGAGGAAGUCCUCUAGCUGCCUCUGCUUGCAUGUUUGAGAGGCCGGCAGUGACAGUCUUCCGUCCAGGCAGCCUCUUAUGCCUCUGCCCUCAUGGCUCUUACGGUUCUGAUCUUGACAUCGGCAGCCCCAUCCACAUUCCCUUUCUAUAUGUCUAGUCAGUAUUUUCUCCCCUUUGGUGUUUAUGACGCCAUAUCAGUGAAUCUGUAUCAUCUUUCCUACUUGAGUGGCCCAAAGCCAGCCCCCAAACCUGGUAGUCCCUGAAGCCUAACAGAACAGGUAGAACCUGCCAAGUGAAAGGAAUUUGGCUGAGCUCCCUUCUAAUCCUGUAGUCAUGUCCUUAUAGACCGGAGCAAGCUGGCUUUCCCAAAGAAAGUGUCCUAGAGCGUUUGAUGAUUUUACUUAGGGUGUGAGCUUGGUAUCUCCACCUAGCCUUGUGAAAGGUUCACGGGCCGCCUUGAAGAGUUUCACAUCCUACCUUCCUAGAAACAGCUACAUUGUUUUAUUUCCUUUUCCCUAAACCAAAACAUAAAUGUUUGAUGUCUGUUUAAUAUUUUGGAAGGAUCUGUGCAAUGGAAAUGUUGUCAUUUCCCUAAAACUGAUGAUGUAAAGGCUGAUGUUCCGGGAAAACCCCAUAGCUGGGGAUGGGCAACUCUGUCCAAUGGGAUCUUCUUUGGUUUGAUGUUCCCAUUGUUUUCUCAAUUCUGGGAAGUCUAGUACAAUGGUACUAAUGUAAUCACUGAAGCCUUUUCUUAAAAUAAGGGAAGGGGCCAACCCUGGAUUAAGCUACAAAUUCUAGGGACUUGGGGUUUGCUAUACACCCUAAUAAUGGGUUUUGAUUCAUCAUGUAAAUGCAACUUUGAUUUUCUUAAAGGACUGACUGGCCUUUCACGUUCUUGUGUCCCUCAUGCUUACCAUCUCAGCAGGCCUGAGAGGCAGGGUCAGUUUGGGUGUUAAUCAUGAGUGUUGCUUCUGCUAUGGAUCUGAGGAACAUGGGACGUUGCUGAGACUGGGGGAUGGAAGUGAGCAUUGAAGGGAGGGUGAGACCCCUGUCCUUGUUCCGGAGGGGAGUUACUCUCUAGCAGUGGAAUGCUGUGGUCAUUUUCUCUAGCAUGUUCCCUUGGGAAACCUAGGUUUGCUAUGAAUCUGGCUGAGAAUCUAAAUUCUGUGCCUUAGAAACAAUUGCACUUUCCCAAAUUGUGCCUGGGACAGCCGUAUUUUCUCCACCAAACAGCUAUGCAAACAGAAACCAGUUCAAAGGUGGCAGCCAUGCUUAGAUAAAAAGUGAAAAGUGAGGUAGCAGAAAUGUCUUUGAAUGGUUUUCUGUAAUUCUCUACUUCUCUAUACAGUGCUAGGUGUUUUAAGUUUUCCGUAGUAUUGCUUUUGAGUUACAGUAUAACCUGAGUUAUUCCUCUGCUCUGACAUUGUUGCUGAAGAACUAGCUUAUUGUUGGCCAGAUGUUUGAAAGGUUGAGGGUGGAGUGGUUUGGCAUUUCUAUUUUAAAUAAACAUUUAAACUCUCAA